AUGGAUGAAGCGCAGCGUCUACGGAAGCCAGCGGAAACACAGGAAGAGCCAGAGCAGGCUCUUCGGAGAGAAUGCGCAGCGUUGAGUUAUCGCCUGGACACUGCAACAGAUGCUCUAAAGGUGAGAAGGCGGAUGGUAUCAGAGUCACAUGGUGAAGAGGAGUGGCUUCUCAGGAUAACAGACAGAAGUAACCCUGUUAACAUGGCAGAGCUUUCUGCUAGUCCAGAUACUUCGCUCUGCAAGGUCUUAGAGGCUUCGCGUGACUCAAUCUUCGCCCAGCAGCGGUUGGUUCUUGCCAUGGAGGCCGCAGAUGCCGAACAGCGCAAACUAACUUCAAUCAAACAGAGGCUAGAGGAGCACCAGGCAGCAGCAACAGCACUGCGUCUCCAACUGAACAUUUCCUCCGAAGCCCUCGAGCAAUCGCGAUUAGAUGUCGAUUUGCUACUGCGAGUUAAAAGAGGCACUGUUGGAGAGCUUCCUGAUGCAGUUGCACCACUGCAUGAGCCGUUUGACUUCUCUGAUUCAUGCCUUGUUAGCCAGGAAGCAGUAGAUGCCUACAAGCGAGAUAUUAUAUCCGGGGGACGGCAAAAGCUAAAGCUUCUUGAAGCCAUGAAAGUCAGGCACCAACCAAAUGCUUAUUCUUUAGUCGAUGGGACUAAGAGACUACACAUGUGGAUAUUUGUGAAGUCGACGCAUCAGUCUCGUUGGAUGCACAUUGGUACAGGCACUCCGUCGGCAAGUAGAGUCUCUGCAAUGGCGAACAAGGCUACUGGAACUAGAGGCAAUAGAUGUGUCUGA